AUGGGUGUGGUCGGGGCCUGUUCACUGACCAAUCUGCAAUUGACGUGGCAAUGCUUAUACUUCACCAAACCAGUACACCUCACACAGGAGAAGAGGCAACAACCACCAAGAAUGGAGAGAUCAAACAUCCUUCAUUUAGCAUUCUUCAUGAUACUACUCCUUGUGCUUACUCCCAUGACAGAGAGUCAGUUGCUGCCAUUGCCACCUGCCACUUCUCGUCCACUUUGUGUCUCACAGUUUGCGCUUGUGAACUCUGCUUGUACAGCCCUGCCAUUCUACCCUGACCACCCUCCACCCCCACCUUCUCCUCCUCCUCCUCUUCCGUCACAUAAUGAAUCAGAGCAUAGACAUAGACACAGACACAAGCACGGACACAGACAUGUACAUGGACAUCGACAUGGGUGGCAUGGCCUCCGGGGGACACCGGUGGAACAGGAUUGUUGCCGGUGGUUGAAGUCGAUGGACAGUGAGUGUGUCUGUGAUCUGCUGGUUUACUUGCCACCUUUCCUUUCCAGGCCCGUGCACCAGUACAAUGUUGUGGUUGAUGACUCGUGCAACGUCACUUUCCAAUGCGCUAGCCGUUUAAGGACUUAA